CCGAAGCGGACCAAAACUCACUAAAAAGCAUACCAAAACCCGGCUUAAACCCAUCGAUUUCAUCUUCCUUCUUCCCCAGUGCGGAAAGAGAGAGCUCACUGAGCAAUUUAAUCGAGAGAUUCACGUCCUUGUGCUUGUGUUGUGGGGGUAACUACAUUUGUAAUGAACUGCCUCUCUCAUGCGCGUUCCUACAUUUCCUUGGGGCUGCUUAAGAGAUCCAGCUACGUCAGUUCCCAGAUUCCAUGGAACCAAUGCUUCUACAUGCCUCCGAAAUCCUCUUUGAAGCCUGCAGGUGUGAGUGCAUUUGGAUUGUCUAGGGUUCAUUGCUUUUCCUCGAAACCAAAGGUCGGUAAAUCAAAGAUGUCAGCCGCUGCUCCUGUUCCGGAUAAAGAGAAAGACGCCUUCUUCGUUGUUCGGAAAGGUGACGUCAUUGGGAUUUAUAAGGAUUUGAAUGAUUGUCAGGCUCAAGUUGGAUCAUCGGUGUUUGAUUCUCCGGUUAGUGUUUAUAAAGGAUACUCGCUGCCUAAAGAAGCUGAGGAAUAUCUUUCUUCUGUUGGGAUGAAGAAACCACUCUACAGCUUUGGAGCUUCAGACUUGAAAGAGGAUAUGUUUGGCGCUCUCACACCUUGUCUUUUCCAGGAGCCAACUUUUUCGAAGGUCAAAGCAGCUGAAGAGGAGGGUACCUCGGAGAUGAAGUCAAAAGAUAUAACAAAAGACGAUUUAAAAGAUAUUCCUUCAACUUCCACGCCAAUGGCAACUGCUGUUACUUCAGACGAAACUUGCUUUAUUGAGUUUGACGGUGCGUCAAAGGGAAAUCCAGGUCUCUCUGGUGCGGCAGCUGUACUGAAAACGGAGGACGGAAACGUGAUAUGUAAAGUGCGUCAAGGUUUGGGAAUUGCCACAAACAAUGCAGCAGAAUAUCAUGGGUUAAUCCUAGGACUGAAGCAUGCUAUUGAGAGAGGUUACAAGAGGAUUAAAGUGAAAGGUGACUCCAAGCUAAUCUGUAUGCAGAUUAAAGGUAAAUGGAAUGUAAACAACGAGGUACUCUCGAAGCUGCACAAGGAAGCAAAACAACUGAGCGACGAAUGUAUCUCUUUCGAGAUCAGUCAUGUACUAAGGAAUCUGAACGCUGCUGCGGAUGAACAAGCAAACUUGGCUGUCCGUCUUUCCGAAGGAGAAGUUGAAGUGGCGUGAAGGCUUUAUACUUAUUACCGGUGAACGAAGAUAUAAAUUUUUGUUAAACGAAGCCACUAGAAACUAGUGAAGAUGAGGCAGAGUCAGCCAUUAGAGAGCUUUCAGAAAACGAAUACAAGCAGUGUAGGAUCUCCCAGAGAACAGCAGAAAGUGACUGAUCAUUUGUCGUCUCUUUACUUCAGUUUGAUUUUGCCUUUGUUCUAACUUUUUUAGUUAUACAAUUGCACAGUGACACUGACAUAGUGAGAUUCUUUUUGUACCUUGAAAUACACGCGUUUACGUCGCGCGUGAAGUUUAACUUAAGUGGGCUUAGAUUGCGAUCAAUAUAGGCCCAUUUAAAGGAUUUUGUGAGCCCAUUGCUGACUUUCUUUGAACCUUUCGCCGACUUGGAGCUCAAGCAAAGCACAGUGGCUUCGUUGAAAGCCUGUAACUGUUUCUUUGCCGAGUAAAAGCAAUUUUUCUUUCUUAUUGAACAAAAUGCAAAGAGAUUUUCCAGAAUGUUGACGAAGGCGCUUCGGAUUUUGAAACCCAGGUCUAUCCUGGGAGGUUUUCUCCACCGUCGAUCGGUUUCUUUCUCCACUCCGUCGCCGACGUUGUCUUCCGGAGCUGUUUCCCGUACGGCGGCUGCUGCGGCGGAGAUUGACGCCGAUGUUGCUACUGCGUACUCGGACCCAACUGAAUUGGCGACUGCGAUUCCGCUGACGAUGCCCGGUCACCUUCAGCCACGUGUCGUCGUGUACGACGGAGUCUGUCAUCUUUGCCACGGAGGUGUGAAGUGGAUAAUCAAAGCGGAUAAGUACAGAAAGAUAAAGUUCUGUUGCCUUCAGUCUAAAGCCGCUGAGCCGUAUCUAACGUUGAGUGGAGUCACUAAGGAAGAUGUUCAGAAGCGAUUUCUCUUUAUUGAAGGUCUCGGGUUAUACCACCAGGCAUCAACCGCUGCACUUCGAGUGGUAUCAUACUUGCCUCUGCCAUACUCUGCAUUGAACGCUUUCUCCAUCGUUCCCACUCCUCUGAGAGACUCGGUGUAUGACUAUGUGGCGAACCAUCGUUAUGACUGGUUCGGAAAGGCUGAGGAUUGCUUGGUUCUCAAAGACAAAGAGCUGCUGGAGCGGUUUAUAGACCGUGAUGAAUUCAUUGAUCGAUGCUAAUGACAGACAACACUUCGACCCAUUUAGAGUUUGUAUAUAUAAAAAAAAAAAUAUAAGGAAGAGGAUAUGAUUAGAGCUUUUACUUUCCAAGAACCAUAACUUAUAUUAGGUUGGUGAUCAUAAAAUACUUAACUGUCCUCUUAAUCUUCGUUGCUACUUACGUCUGACAAAUUCCAGAGUUCUAC